GUCGGAAAGUUUCCUGCCUCGUCCGGCACAGCCUGAGCUUGCCCCACCGGCCGCGAGUAGGGGAGGCUGCGGCGGACCCAGCCCGGGGCCUCCAGGCCUCUGCUCCAACCUCCGGGCCAGUCUCCCUCCGCCACCUCUUCGUCCGCUUGGAGCUGCGGCUGCAGUCCCUGAGAUGCGACCCUCGCGGGGGCGACCCUGAGGGGAGGCGGCCCGAGUGCUGAGGAGCAGCCAGGAGCCCAGACGUUCAGGGAUCAACUUCCCGCCGGCCGGGACCCCCGAGCCUCCCUGGGGUGGUGCCUCGCUCGGUCCGCACCGUCCUGCGGAGCCGGGUCUCCGCCCUGGUCGCGGGGACGCCCGCCAGGUGCCCGGGAAUCCCGACUUGGCCGCUGCCCGCGCCCCCGCCGGCCCGCACGCCUCGUGCCGAGGACCCUCGCCACUGCCUCCUCGGCUUGUGCCCGGCCAGGGACCCCGUGCCUGCUCCCGGGGCGGCCUCCGCGCAGCAGGGGCAAUGCAGACUGUCCCGCUGGCCGUCUAGAACCCUUCUCCGCCCUCUGUCCCCUUCACCCCGAGGCCGUCGAGGACGGGCGGUGACCACCCAGAGGUGCUCGGCUGUACCUUCCUUUUGCCCGAAAGGAUUUUCUUGGCCGCACCGAACCGACCCUUCCUUCAUGCUGCAGUGCUGCAACGUUUCCGCCACUAAGGGGGAAAAACGGCCGCGAUCUCAAACAAAACACAAGAAUUGGUGUGUGACUCAUCUACUUGGAUACCUCCAGUCCCCAAACUGUCUUCCAGGAGUUUUCUUGGCCGAAGCUGCCUGAUGUUUGAGCCUUUUCUUCCCAGGGAAGAAGAUGGACUGAAAGCUGCCAGUUGGGGACUUUUUGUGAGCAGGGCGCUGCUGGGUUUUGAAGGAGGUGAUGGGGCUUGCGCUGGCUUGUCUUCCCACCCAAGUGAAGAGUUGUUGAUUUUCACUGGUUAUGCUUAGACAAUGCGUAGUUUGUUUUAAUUUAGAAUUUUGGGGUGGAUAAGGGUAUAGGCUUGUGAAGGGCAGUCCGGAUCCGGAGGAACUCCUCUUUGUCCCUGGUAGGAGGGACACCCCCUGUCUGUCCUCGAUGCCGUCAGCCUUGGCCAUCUUCACUUGCCGCCCGAACUCGCACCCGUUUCAGGAGCGUCAUGUCUACCUGGACGAGCCCAUCAAAAUCGGCCGCUCGGUGGCCCGCUGUCGACCGGCGCAGAAUAAUGCCACCUUUGAUUGUAAAGUGCUGUCAAGGAAUCAUGCUCUCGUCUGGUUUGAUCACAAGACUGGCAAGUUUUAUCUCCAAGACACUAAAAGUAGUAAUGGUACCUUUAUAAAUAGCCAGAGAUUGAGUCGAGGCUCUGAAGAAAGUCCACCAUGUGAAAUUCUUUCCGGUGACAUUAUCCAGUUUGGGGUAGAUGUGACAGAGAACACGCGGAAAGUUACCCACGGGUGUAUUGUUUCCACGAUAAAACUUUUUCUACCAGAUGGUAUGGAAGCCCGGCUCCGCUCAGAUGUCAUCCAUGCUCCAUUACCAAGUCCUGUUGACAAAGUUGCUGCUAACACUCCAAGUAUGUACUCUCAGGAACUAUUCCAGCUUUCUCAGUAUCUACAGGAGGCCUUACAUCGGGAACAGAUGUUGGAACAGAAGUUAGCGACGCUUCAGCGGCUACUAGCCAUCACCCAAGAGGCUUCAGAUACCAGUUGGCAGGCUUUAAUAGAUGAAGAUAGACUCUUAUCACGGUUAGAAGUUAUGGGAAACCAAUUACAAGCAUGCUCCAAAAAUCAAACAGAAGAUAGUUUACGGAAAGAACUUAUAGCAUUACAGGAGGAUAAACACAACUAUGAGACAACAGCCAAAGAGUCCCUGAGACGAGUUCUUCAGGAGAAAAUUGAAGUGGUUAGAAAACUUUCAGAAGUUGAGAGAAGUCUGAGUAAUACUGAAGAUGAAUGUACCCACCUGAAAGAAAUGAAUGAACGGACUCAGGAAGAAUUAAGAGAAUUAGCCAAUAAAUAUAAUGGAGCAGUUAAUGAGAUUAAAGAUUUAUCUGAUAAAUUAAAGGUAGCAGAGGGAAAACAAGAAGAAAUCCAACAGAAGGGACAAGCCGAGAAAAAAGAAUUACAACAUAAAAUAGAUGAAAUGGAAGAAAAAGAACAGGAACUUCAGGCAAAAAUAGAAGCUUUGCAAGCUGAUAACGAUUUUACUAAUGAAAGGCUAACAGCUUUACAAGUACGGUUAGAACAUCUUCAGGAGAAAACUCUUAAAGAAUGCAGCAGCUUAGGGAUACAAGUUGAUGACUUCUUACCUAAAAUAAAUGGGAGCACAGAAAAAGAGCACUUGCUUUCAAAGAGUGGCGGGGACUGCACUUUUAUUCAUCAAUUCAUAGAAUGCCAGAAGAAGCUGAUCGUUGAGGGGCAUCUAACCAAAGUGGUAGAAGAAACAAAGCUUUCAAAAGAAAACCAGGCAAAAGCAAAGGAAUCUGAUUUAUCAGAUACUCUGAGUCCAAGCAAGGAAAAAAGCAGUGACGAUACUACAGACGCCCAAAUGGAUGAGCAAGACCUAAAUGAACCUUUUGCUAAAGUGUCUCUAUUAAAAGAUGACUUGCAGGGUGCACAGUCAGAAAUUGAGGCAAAACAAGAAAUUCAGCAUCUUCGCAAGGAAUUGAUUGAAGCCCAGGAAUUAGCUAGAGCAAGUAAACAAAAAUGCUUUGAACUUCAAGCUCUUUUGGAAGAAGAAAGAAAAGCCUAUCGAAAUCAAGUUGAGGAAUCCACUAAACAAAUACAGGUUCUCCAAGCCCAACUGCAGAGAUUACACAUUGAUAUUGAGAAUCUCCGGGAGGAGAAGGACAGUGAAAUCACAAGCACUAGAGAUGAAUUGCUUAGUGCCCGAGAUGAAAUUUUGCUCCUUCACCAAGCAGCAGAAAAGGCUGCCUCUGAGCGAGACACUGACAUUGCUUCUUUACAAGAAGAGCUUAAGAAAGUGAGAGCUGAGCUUGAGCGGUGGCGGAAAGCAGCAUCUGAAUAUGAGACCCCCCAUUCUCAGAAGCAGAGUUUAGAGCUUACCAGUGAUCUCAGCAUCCUUCAGAUGACUAGGAAAGAGCUUGAGAAUCAAGUGGGAUCCUUGAAAGAACAGCAUCUUCGGGAUUCAACUGAUUUAAAAACUCUUCUCAGUAAGGCUGAAAACCAAGCAAAGGAUGUACAGAAAGAGUAUGAAAAGACACAGACUGUACUCUCAGAACUGAAGUUGAAGUUUGAAAUGACUGAGCAGGAAAAGCAAUCAAUCACAGAUGAGCUCAAACAAUGUAAAGACAACCUGAAGCUGCUUCGAGAGAAAGGAAAUAAUAAACCCUGGCCCUGGAUGCCCAUGUUGGCGGCCCUGGUUGCGGUGACAGCCAUCGUGCUGUACGUGCCAGGUCUGGCCAGAGCUUCUCCAUGAGAGCGUUUCUUGAGUCUGUACACCGUCCUCCCUCUAGAAGCUGGCAUCACACUCAUGCUGGGGACAAACAGAACCAUUUUCUUCCUUUUUACCUCUUAAAACAGCAGAAGUGCAAGAAUACAGCUAUAGGGUCAUUGCUUUAAAUUAUAUAAAAUGUAUCUGUCUAUAAAGAGGAUAUAAAAUUGUGACUUUAUUCUACUGUAAGCAAUAAUUUGCUUGCAAUUUUUCAUGUAAUUUUUUAAUUAGUUUGUUGAGUUUCUGAAUAUUAUGGUGGCCUAAAGUAGGCUUCUUGGUACACCAAAUUAUUUAUAACAUUAAAUUUAUGGGUAUUUUACCCCUAAUUCUGAUGGCCAGAUAAUUCAUUUUUCUGAUUCAAAAACUACCCAAACCAAACAACCAAUUCAUACAUGGGAAAAGAGGCCCUGUGUGCUCAGUGCCUAUCAGUUUGAAAUAUAUACACAUAUAUAUAUUUUUUACAUAUUUACACCAUUUUUACUUGUUAUAAAACCACUGAGCUAUUGGGAACAAGAACUUAGAGACAACUAUUUGCGUGAAUUUUUUUUUUUUUUUUAAAGGAAAAAUACAUUUGGAAAAUAUUCUGUUAUAGUGAUAAUUUGGGGCAUAUGUGCACGCUUAUUCAGCCUUAACGUGACUUGAAGAUGUGGAGGACAUCACUUUGAAAAACUUUCCAUGAGAGUGUGUAUUUUCUUGAGCAAACUGAAGUAUUUCUGGGAGCAAAAACAUAGUAAUUACACAAUUUCAGUGCAGUCAACCAAACUGUUGAGUCAAUUGGAAUGUAAUUUAUUAAACCUCACAUAUUUAAAGAGAUAUUUUCUUUAAAAGCCAAGUUACUUUCUCAUAUACAGCAUUUUAGGAAGCAUGAUUUUUUUUUCUAUCAUCUGUUCCUCCAAGCAUGUUAAUUGAAGAAAGAAUUAAUAUCUCUUUGGAUGAGCUUUUAUUGACUUAAUUCGGUUAUGAUGUUUUGGAGCUAAUUCAUGUUUGAGAUGAGCUGUUGUUACCUACCAACAGAUUUCCUGGUUGGGUAUUCAAAUGGUUAUUUUCUUUUUAUUGUUGUUAAUUGGGACUUUCUGUUAAUGAGAAGCACUGUUCCUAAGAUUAAUACUGUUCCAUGCACAGUGAAGCACCUAAACAUUGCUUGAUGUUAUAAAUUUAAAACACAGAAGUGAAAGUUUAGCUAUGGUUUUGUGCAGCACCAUAGUUAUGUCAAUGAAAUUUAUUUAGGUCAUAGAAUAUCCUAAAGUAUCGCACAGUUAAAAUUUUCAGUCAGUGAAGACUGGGAGGUAAUGUCAGUGAAUUGGCUUGAAUGUUCUGUGGCAAUCCACAGAUCUUGCCAGAUAUUGAAAUAGGAGUUUAGGGUAUAAUUUGCCUUGUAAUGUUUGGCAGUCAUUCUUUAUACUUUAAAGGUUAUGUUUUAAGCUAUUUGGGUUGCUGUUGGGAGGAUCACUAGAUUUAUGGAGGAAUUAGUCACAAAUGACUUGUAGAAAAUACUGUCAUAUAGUUCAUUUCAUCAUUUUCUGUUGCAGGAAGCCACUCUACCACAGAAUGCUAAUAUGCCAGUGGUACCCAGUACCUCUUGUAUAUAGGUUAUUGCAAAUAUUGUUCUGAAAUGCUUAACUUCAGAAUUACAUUUUUUAAAGUAAAUAAUUGUUUUAAAUCUAUUUUGUAAAGAUAUAAAAUACAAUAGAAUUUCUGGAGUACAGAUUAAACUAUUUGCACUAACACACGUGAUGUGCAUGAUUUAAUAAAAUAAUUUACUCUCCCUAUGCAUGUUUGAGUUGGAUAUCAUUGAAAUUCUUAGUGCUGACUCUACUUUUUGAUUGUUAAUAGUCUUUUCUUGAAAUGACUCUUUAUGCAACAUAACAUAUGUUUGAUGUCCUUCAGGGUUUAAAAGAAAACACUGGGCUGUUUCCUCCAAGUUUUAUUAGCCUAUUAUUUAACUUACUGCUCUAAUUUUUUUCCUUUUUAAUAUGGUUAUUGUUAAAAUGUGACUCCCUUUCCAGACAUGUCUUUUUAAAUGUAAGGUCUAGUAUCAAUAUUUACAUCAAUCAAAUUGAAUAAAUGAUUUUUUGUAGUUACUUCCAGUUUUUCUCAAGAAUAUAAAUGACACUAUUCAUGAGCAGUACCUCCAGUUUUGUUCAGUUCACUGCCAGAUUAAAUAAAUAGUAUUAUUCACUGGUAGUGAUAAGAGUCAUUAAGAAAUUUUAAGCAUAGCAGUUAAGAAUUGAAUGACCCUAUCAUGAUAUAUUUAAGAAUUAUUCAAAGGUGCUACAUGGUGGGUCAGAAAAUGAAAGGAACGUGGUGUUUGAAGCAAAAUAGAUCUGUAUUGGCAUCUUGCUGUGCCUUUUAUCAGCUGUGUUACCUUGGGCAAAUCACUUACCUUCUCUAAGUCUCCAUUUCCUCUUCUAUAAAAUGGGGAGAAUAAUAUAUUUUAGAUGGUAGUGUGAAAAUUUAAAAGGUAAUGUAUGUGAAAUACCAUUUGAGAGGUAAAUAAGUGUUUAUGAGAAUGUCAUACUGAAAAAGUAUUGCAAAUAUUAAAGUUUUAGGUGUACAUCUAUUUUAAAUGAA